AUGAGGAUCCACCUGAAACCUGGAGCUGUACCGUUCACUGUACAUACACCCCGGCCCAUUCCGUUCACCCUCAGGGAUCAAGUGAAAGAAGAACUUGUGUCCUUAGUGAAACAAGGAAUCAUAACACCAGCAGGCAACGAACAUUCUGAAUGGUGCCACCCCAUGGUCUUGGCACCCAAAGGCAAAGGAGUCCACAUCACUGUGGAUCACACCCACCUAAAUACUCAGGUCGCCCGCCCUACGCACCCAUCACCCACGCCCCAUGUUGCCAUCCGCAAUAUCUCUCCUAAUGUAAAGUACUUCACUGCAGCAGACACCUUGCAUGGCUAUUGGCAGAUGGAGCUAGCAGAAGAGGACUGCCACCUGAAAAUGUUUAUAACUCCAUAUGGGAGAUUUCAGCACUGUCGUGGUCCAAUGCGAUUUCCGGUGACAGGUGAUGCAUACUGCCUCUGUGGUGAUAUGGCAUUACAAGGAUCCCAGCUGUGUGAAAGUUGUGGAUGA